AGUAGGUCUACAGCAGGGAAGCUGCCAUUAGCCACCAGCUAGCAAACAGCUAACUUAGCUCGCUAGCACUGCCAACCGGAGCUCAGCGCAUGGAAUUAAGGUGUGCAUGUCUCAUGAAGCACUGAUGUGAAAGACAGUGGAAGAAGGUGUGCGCAGUAUCAGAAUGGAUGGACAGACUCAAAGGAUUCAGCUUGUGUCAGCAGACAACAGCAUGGCUUUAGGACACAGAAUCCAGAUUGUAACUGACCAGCAGACUGGGCAGAAGAUCCAGAUCGUCACAGCACUGGAGCCGUCUUCCCCUGGAAAGCAGCAGUUUAUCUUAGCAAAUGCUGAUUAUUCCCCUGGUGGGAAGGUGAUUCUUGCCAAGCAGGAAGGCUCGCCCAACAAGGUCAUCCUCGCUACUCCAGACGGGUCUGGGGUUAACCAGCUGCUGUUUGCCUCCCCUGAACUGGCUGGGCAGCAGAUUCAGUUUGUGACUGAAGGCUCAGACCAGUCUAUUGUCAAGCCUGUUGUGGAGUACUGUGUUGUCUGUGGGGAUAAGGCCUCGGGGCGUCAUUACGGAGCUGUCAGCUGUGAGGGCUGUAAGGGCUUCUUCAAACGCAGCAUAAGGAAGAAUCUGGUGUACACAUGCAGGGGCUCUGGAGAGUGUGCCAUUAACAAGCUACACAGAAACCGCUGCCAGUACUGUCGACUGCAACGCUGUAUAGCUCUGGGCAUGAAACAGGAUUCUGUACAGUGUGAGAGGAAGCCUGUCGAAGUGACCACCCGAGAGAAAUCCGUCAACUGUGCAGCCUCCACUGAAAAGAUCUACAUCCGCAAGAACCUAUGUAGCCCCCUGGCUGCCACACCCACUUUUGUAUCUGACAAGGAAACUGCUCGGUCAACAAGUUUGCUUGAGUCAAGUAUGCUGCUCAACAUUCAACAGCCCUUCUCCAAGCUGGAAAACACCAUCUUGAUUCCAACAUCCCCUGACAAGCAGGAUGACCCAUCACAAGGUGACCUUGGUACACUAGCAAAUGUAGUGACAUCCCUCGCUCACCUCAACAAGACCAGGGAGGCAAGUGACAGUGGCAAUGACCUGAUGGGAGCUGAAACGCUUAGCAAUGGUGACAGCUCAAUGACAGACAUCCAAGGAGAUGAACAAACUGCAAGUGAUAUCACGAGAGCUUUCGACACCCUGGCCAAAGUCCUGCACCCUACUGAUGGUUCAGCAGGAGAGUCUUUGGAAGCCACAAUGCAGCUGAUGUCAGGGGACCAGUCGGGUCCUGUGGUGGAGCUGGAGGGGGCUAUACUUUCUGACAGCCAUAUCCCUUUCAAGCUUAUGAUGCCUUUGCCUGUGCCAGAGUACCUCAAUGUCAACUACAUCUGUGAGUCAGCUUCCCGGCUACUUUUUCUCUCUAUGCACUGGGCACGCUCCAUACCUGCCUUUCAAACCCUUGGUGGUCAAGACAAUGACAUUAAUUUGAUGAAAGCCUGCUGGAAUGAACUUUUUGCCCUGGGUCUGGCACAGUGUUCCAACGUUAUGAAUGUUGGUACCAUCUUAAGUGCCAUUAUCAGCCAUCUGCAGACCAGCUUACAGGAAGACAAACUUUCCCCAGAGAGAGUAAAACUAGUAAUGGAGCACAUCUGGAGGAUGCAGGAGUUCUGUAACAGCAUGUCUAUUCUGGCCCCAGACUCUUACGAAUACGCCUACCUCAAAGCCAUUGUUCUCUUUAGUCCUGAUCACCCAGGCAUAGAUAAUACCCCGCAGAUAGAGAGGUUCCAGGAGAAAGCCUACAUGGAGCUGCAGGACUACGUAACCAGGACCUACCCAGAAGACUCUUAUCGGUUAUCCAAGCUGCUGCUGCGUCUUCCUGCCCUCAGGCUGAUAAGUGCAGCUGUCACUGAGGAGCUGUUUUUCGCUGGGCUCAUUGGCAAUGUGCAGAUUGACAGCAUCAUCCCUUACAUCCUCAAAAUGGAGUCCACUGAUUACAACAGCCAGGCAGCCUCCGGUGUGUGACACCCUGUGGCAUUUGUAACAGCAACAUCGGACUGUGAAAAAUCUACAGCCAAUCAUGCGGAGAGCUCAGUAGACCGGUUACGGAAAGGUCAUAACAAACUGUAUUUAUGACAAAGCAUCCUAUGUGGAUUCUGUUUUCACUCUUACUUUGCUCCGACUUCUGACUCCUCAGUAACCAGUCAGUAGAGUUCAGCUCACAAAGAGGAUAAAUAAAAAUCAACUCCACUGGCAAUCAAGCCCGCCGGUACCUGCCCAUUCAGGAAUCAACCCUUAAAACCUGCAUAGUAGAUUGUGCUUUUUAUUGUACAUUGUAUUUUAUGCUUCAUCGCCUUCAAGCCUUUCCUUUUUCUGCAGCUCGUUUGUACUUUGAAGGAAUCAGUCUAGUUUGGUUUUCACCGCUUUCCUACAUGGUCAUGCUUUUUUAUUUUAUAGUAAUCAUGAGGAAAAAAAAUGUCAAAAUGUGAAUUGAUUUGUGAGAUGUUAUAAGUAAAGGGUAUAACCUUUUAUUUCUCAUUUGUUUGCCAAUCCAAAGGAUGGGCAGCAUCACUUGUCAAAUAUUUGAGAUGGUAUGGCUCUGGGUUACCAAUGUAUAUAUAUUUGUAUAUAGAAUGCACCAAGAAGGCUAUAAAGGGCAGCACUUCGUAAUUUGUGGAUUCCAUCUUUUUGGAUAAAAAAUAAUGUGGACGGAAAAUACUGAUCAUGUCAUUUGGAAAUAAAACAUCUCUCAGUCA